AUGACAACGGAGAAUUGCAAAUCAUUUCUUGACUAGGUUCUGGAUCUUAUAAGAGCUGAAGAUUGUGAAACUACAACACCGCCAAUGAAGGAAUUGAUAAAACCUAAAUUGAGACUAUUUGAUAUAGAUGACAAUCCCAAAUUCUUUUCUCCAAUCAGACCAUAUCCUAUCUAAUAAAAAAUAACAAAAAUAAAAUAAAUUGAAAAGCCCAUUCUCAAUACUAUUACAAAAUGUAAAUGUAUGAAAUCGAAAUGUCAGAAAUCCUAUUGCGAAUGUUUUGCAGCAGGAAAGGCUUGCAAUAUCGAUUGCAAUUGUCAAGGAUGUAAUAAUACAAUCUGCUCAUAAUCAAUCAAGAAAGUAUAGACUGGAGGAUGUAAUUGUAAAAAAACAGGUUGUCUCAAAAAGUAUUGUGAAUGCUAUCUGAAAAAACAAAGGUGCACAUUCUUGUGUAAUUGUAUCGAUUGCUGUAAUCAAGAAGAUUCGGAAUCAGAAAAAGAAAAUGAACAAUUAUAAUAAUAAAGUAUUGAUUGUGGAUAAACGAUUACUAAUUAAAUUAUCAAACAAUGA